GAACGCCUUUUUACUAUUUUUUUUCUAUUCCCAUUUCCACCCUCGCACCGCAUCCACCUCCACCGCGCCGCCGCGAGAGGGGGAGGAGGGUUUCCGAUGGAGAACGGCGAGGAGACGUUCGCCUCCCCCACUGCCGCCGCCGCCGCGGACUUCGAGAUCUCCAUCAACGGCGGGGACAGCACGCCCAAGCUCCACAAUUUGGCGGACGAGAUGGAGGCCCUCCGCGCGGCGAAGCGCGACCUGGAGGAGAAGCUCGAUGCCGUGGGACACGAGAACCGGUUCCUGUCCUCUGAGUCCCGGCGCCUCGAGGUCCUGGUGUCCCAGGCCCGCGAGGAGGUCGCCGCUGCCGAGCAAGUCGCCGCCACCAAAGAGAGCGAGGCCGCCACGCUCCGCGCCGAGGUCGAGCGUCUCCAGGGCCUCCUAGCCGCAGAGAAGGCCAGCCAUGAGGAGGAGAUGCGCAGGGGCGCAAGGCUCGGGGACCAGCUGCAGACCGCGUACCAGGAGAAGGCCGCCCUUGAGGAGGAGAUCGAGACCCUGAAGGGUUCCGCCACUGCCGAGGGCAAGGGCGGGAAGGAGGAAGAGGAGGGACGUGAUUCCGUUUCUGCCAGGGCCGGGACGCCUAAGGAUGAGGGCGUGGUGUCUCCCGCUCUUGUGGCUGCCGCGGCUGCUGGAGCAGCUGUCACGGCUGCCAUCGCGGUGGUCUUGCUCAACCUCAAGAGAUGAUGUGGUGGUCCGAUGCUCGGGAAGUUUUGAUCUGCUGCUAUGGCCUAUAUGAGAAUGGGUUAUCCGUUUUGUCGUGGUACUAGUGUUGCUGGACUCAGUGUGGUAUCUUUACUAUCAGCUGGAUAAUAUAUUAGAGGUUAGAACAACCUAUAUUGCAAGUACUUUUUAUUUUCUGCAGUUUUCCAUGCUAAUAAGAGUUGUGAACACAAACGUGAGAGGUAAUUGAGGUCAGGUGUGUUGUUUUGAAGUUGCACCUAA